AUGCCGCAGCAAGUGGAGGAACAGCCAUUGGAAGGCCGUGAAUGCGCAGUUUGUUUCGUCAAACGCCCCUUCAUCCUCCACCAUCUCCCCUACAGAGGUGUCUACCACCAUCUUUGCACUGCAUGUGUACUUGAAUCCCACCCAGGUUCCUUCUGCCCUAUCUGCUUUGAUAUCUUCCUCUACAACCCUCCUCCUCCUCACCUCUGUAUCCAAUGCUCAAAAUGCACCUCUAUCUCACACCUCUCUUGCAUCCCUAAUGUUGAUUCCUCCUCCCAAGGUUACUUGUGCCCUCCUUGUUUAAACCCUAAUUUCACUUACUUCUUUGCUACUCCCAAUCAUGAUAACACCUUUGAAAUUAACCUCCAUUUGGCUAAACAAUUGGUGGUUGCUGCUACUAUUGUUUCUGAGCACAUUCACAGUGCCGAUGAUCUAGCCCGAAUUAGCGCCAAAAAUAAGGUCAAGGAAGCUCUAUCGCCUAAGGUCGAAGCUACCCGGGCUUUGGAGAGGAUAAGAAGCAGGAAGCGAGGAAGCAAGACUGAGAUGAUUCGAGCAUGUGAAGAAGAGAUGAACGAAUGUCCCAAUUUGGAGCCGGCUAUGGAAGGUGUUAGGAGAGGUAGAGGUAGGCCGAAGAAGUAUCAAGAAAAGAGGUGA